UUGUCCAUGUCUGAGAAGGAGAAAAACAACAAGGGCUACGUCAACCAAUACGGCCUUUCGCGCAAGCAUAUAUUCGAGAGUGUGGACAACAGUUUGAAGAGAUUGGAUCUUAAGUAUGUCAACCUCCUCCAGAUCCAUCGCUUUCACCUAAACACUCCUGUCAAAGAGACAAUGGAAGCUCUUCAUGACCUCGUCAAG